AUGAAUACUUAAUUAUUUUCAAAAAUUAAAAACUUUAUUUUAGGAUUAUUUUUUGUAAUUUUAAUAGCUGUUAUAAUUAUUUUAUACUAUUGGAGUCCAUAAUAUUCUGGAGAAAUAAUUCAUAAUUAUAAUUAUUAAAAUGUAUAUAUAUAUCGAGAUAAGAAUGGAAUCCCUCAUAUAAAAGCUUAAAAUUUAUAAUCAUCAUUUUUUGGUUUAGGAUAUGUACAUUGUCAAGACAGAUUAUGGAAUAUGGAUAUAUAUAGAAGAUUAGCAAGUGGAAAAAUGAGUGAAUUAUUCGGAAACUCAACUUUAGAAAUGGAUAUUAUGUUUCUUGAGCUCGGACUUAAUAGAGCCGCUAAAAAUAUUAUAUCUUAAAUUUCUCCUGAAACAAUAAUUAAUUUAUAAGCAUAUACAACGGGAAUUAAUGAAUGUAGUUAAAAAAUGAAUGUUUUGCCUUUAGAAUAUUAAAUAACCAGAACAAAGUUUGUUUAAUGGGAGUUAUUAGAUUCUUUGUAUAUAAUGAAACUACUCUCCUUUUAAUUAACUUUGGAUUGGUAAUUUGAGUUAAUCCGAGAAAAACUUAAAAUUAUAUACGGUAGAGAUGUUGCAGGAAAGAUGUUUGCUGGAGAAGAUUUAUUUGACGAAUAUACAAUUAUGAAUGACGACGAGUUAAAAAAAUAAAACCUUUUUGAAGAAGAAGAAAAUUAAAAUUAAAAACAGCAAAAACAUUCUCUGACAUCAUCUUAAAUUAAAGCAAUUCUAAACACUGGUAUUGUUGACUAUCUAAUAGAGCCAAGAGGCUCGAAUGCAUGGGUAAUCCAUGGAAAUCAUACUUCUACUGGAAAACCAAUAGUUGCAAAUGAUCCUCAUUUAGAUAAUUCUAUACCUUCUAUAUGGUAUUAAGCACUAAUUUCUUAUGACUCACAUGUUAUUUAAGGAGGUUCUAUGCCUGGGAUAGGAUUAAUUUUAAGCGGAAUGACAAAUUAUGUGGCUUGGAGUGUGACAACAUCGUAUAGUGAUUCUUCAGAUUUGUAUUUAGAAAAACUAAAUUAAGAGAAAACUGAAUAUUUUUACGAAGGCGAAUGGAGAAAACUUAAUAUAAUUUAGGAAACUAUUAAAAUUAAAGGAGUAGAAGAAAAAUUUUAAUUGUUAAUAAGAAAUACACAUAGAGGACCUAUUUUAUCUACUCCUAAUUUGAAAAAACUGAACAUUGAAUAUAAAGAGGAACUAGAUUUAUCUUUUUCAUGGGCAGCAAGUGGAGUAAUUGAUACUAAUUUUGAUGCUAUUAUUAAUAUCUAUCAUGCUAAUUCUUUAAAUUAAGUUGUAAAUUCAUUAAAAAUGAUAUCUUCUGCAUAUUUAGCUGUUAAUUUUGGUACUGUGGAUAAUGAUAUUGGAUUUAUAGGUACUGGAAGACAUCCAAUUAGAAAAUUUAAUAAUCAAGGGGCCUUUUUAAAAAAUGGAACUACUGCAGAUUCGGAUUGGCUAAGAUAUAACAAUGAAAAUGAAAUACCUCUUCUUAUAAAUCCUUAAAAAGGAUAUAUUAUAACUGCUAACAAUAAAAUUUCAUCAAAUAAUAUAAAAAAUUAUCUAAGUUAGAGCAUUUCUACUACUGCUAGAGGGAUGAGAAUAAACUAAAUAAUCGAAUAAUAUAUUAAGAAUGGAACUAAAAUAAGUCCUGAGCAUGUUUAAGAUAUGUAAAAUGAUGUUAAAGAUGCCUAUGCUGAAAAAGUUCUUCCUUUUCUAAUUGAUUUAUAUGAGAAAAAUAAAAAGAAAUUCUUAUAAAAAGAAGAUUUGACGUAAUGUGAUGCCAUGAUAAAUGUAUUGAAGAAAUGGGAUAGCAAUGUAGAAGUAAACAGUGUAGGAAGUAGUAUAUAUUACAGCAUCGAUCAUUUUAUUAGUAAGAAGUUAAUUCCUUAAUAUAGUGAAAAUUAAUAAGAAAAAUAAAAAGUAACUCAUAGUUUUGUGUUUGAUCACUUCAAGCUUAACAGUAUAGUAAGAUGGGCAUAAGGAAAAGAAUUAGAUUCAAUAUGGUGUGGUCUUUAGAAAGAAAAAGAUAAUAACUAAUGCAUUUUUCUUUUUAUUUAAUCGGUUUUAGAUGCGAAAAAUUAUUUGUAGAAAAAAUUAGGAGGACAAAUUAAUGAUUGGAAAUAUGGAAAACUUCAUUCUCAUAGACACCCUCAUGUGCCUUUCUCAAAAACUAAUUUAUGGCCUAUUUUUGAAAGGAGUUGGGAAUCUAAAGGUUCUAAACAUACUAUUCAUUUAUCUUUGCCCAAUCUUAAAAAUGAUAAUUGGGAAGGACUAAGAGGAGGAAAUUAUAAAAUGAUUGCCUCUCUUGAUUAAUAAAAUUCUAAUAGCUAUUAUAUAAUAGAUACAGGUAUUUCUGGUUAUCCUUUUUCAAAACAUUAUACUGAUUAAUUAAAAAUUUAUAAAAAUGGAUAGUAUUUAGUUAUGGAUAGAUAAGAUUUCGAAAAAUAUGAAAAUGUUUUAGUGCUUAAAUAAUCAGAAUAAUUUAAAAACUCAAACAAAGGUAAGAAAAAAGAUUUUUGA